GACCUCUUGUUUGUCCCUUGUCGUUUUCCGUUGUUGUUUUACCCAGGAAUACGUGCAAGUUGACGGGUUAUUCAGAAAAAGAGGAAGAGGACGAGUCAUCAUGUCCGGCAGUGUGCUCUGCGGCCGGAGCAAGUUCAUCCUGUCGCAGGCUGCUGGCCGUCGGGCGCUGGCCGCCCUGAGGCCCGCCACAGUCAGACCCUUCUCUGCUGCCAGCUCAGACGAGCCGUACAUCGCCGUGUCACCUGCAGACUCUGGUCCAAGGACCGUGUGGCCAGAUGACAGCAUGGGCCCGUUCGGACCUCAGGACCAGCGCUUUCAGCUGCCUGGUAACGUGGGGUUUGACUGCCACCUGGAGGGCAUGGGGAACCGGCCCAAGACUCCAGUCCACAAGACGGUUCCGGACAUUCUGACGGCUCCUAGCAGCGCAGAGAGACAGCAGUUCAUACUCGCCCAGUUUGUCAAUGAGUUCCAGGGAAAACUGGGUCCGAUUUCGGGCAGAGUCCACAAAGCAGAGCAGUAUUUCAACCAAGCAGACGCCGAUUGUUCCAUUAAUUCCUGUCCUGAACUUUUAAGAAAAGAACUGGAGCAGUUGUUCCCAUCGGCACCUGCCGCCUCCAUCACCGUGGUGACUGUGGCGCAGAAGGACAGCCGGCGAUUCGCUGAGACGCCGGAUCUGGACCAAGAGCACGUCCUUCAUAAGUUUGUGAGCGGCGCUAAGGAGAUGUGCUUCGCUCUGUGGACGGCGGGUUACUGGGCAGAUUUCAUUAACCCGACGACCGGAGCAGCUUUCUUUGCGUCCCCGUCGAGCACCAGCACCCUGCGGCCCGACGAGCAGCUGAGACACCUGGGCUUCCGUAUCGAGGUGUCGGGCUCGUGCACCGUCAUUCGCCACGUGCUGAACGGCUCGCCUUUGUUUGUGGGGACUGUUUUCACCAGCGCGCCCACCAACAGUGCUGCUAUCGCCAGACUACAAGGACUUUCUAACGUUCUCGACGAGGAGGAAUAGGCUUUUAUUUUUAUAUAUAUUAAAUGAAACUACAGGAAAUGUGAGCAGAAUUUAUCUGACCGUUUGGAGCGUGAUCCGUAUGGAAGGUUGGUCUGUUUGUGUCAGAAAAACUGAAAGACUCACAACCCCCACUUGAGAGUAAUUUUUCCUGCACUGCAUUCUGGGAGCAACUCGUGUGAAUUUCAGCACCGGCGACGCUCCAGAAAAAAAAAAGACUUGUUUAUGAAAGGCGAAGACGUCACAUGACCUUCUGCAGGUGGUUUUAACACAAAAUAAAUUUCAGGGUGCACACUUUAACAAACACAAUGUUGUUGCUUUUUAAUCCCUUCAACCUGCUGGACUGACUGGAUGUCAGGAAUAAAAAAAACUGUUUCCAAAUAAUCACCACAGUCCAAAUAAAGCGAUUUCUUAUG